CAGAGGAUUCAUCACACAGAGACAGAGGUGGAUGGAUGUGUACAUCAGGCAGCAGGCCCACUCCUGAAGCUUGAAUGCAGCUCUCUAGGAGGCUGUGAGACAGGACAAGCCAAAAUGACGUGUGGCUACCGUCUACCUGCCAAGUAUGUCAUUCAUACCGUGGGGCCUGUGGCACAAGGUCAUCCAAGUCCCAGCCAGAAGGAAGAGCUGAUGAACUGCUAUAAGAACAGUAUGUACCUGGCAUCUGAGAGCAAGCUGCGCACUGUGGCAUUUCCAUGCAUCUCAACUGGUGUCUUCGGAUACCCUGCUGAGGAGGCUGCUGAAGUGGCGCUGGGAUCUAUUAGGAGCUAUCUGGAGGAGAAAAAAGACAAGUUUGACCGUAUCAUAAUCUGUGUCUUCCUGGAGAAAGAUGAAGAGAUUUAUCUCAAGAAGCUACCAGAAUAUUUUCCCUUCGAGUAGCACAGAAGAUGUCCUCUGUGUGCGGGACCGGGCGGAAGUGUCCUGUAAGCUAUAGGCUUGUGUGUGGAGACUGAUCAAGUAUAGAAGAUUCCCCUCUCAAUGUUGCAUGCAUGGUUUUCUAUUCCUGUCGUAUCAAUGAAAUCAAUACCUUAAUAGUGUGAUUAUUUACCCGUUUCAGAAGGCAGCAGAAAGGAUAAAAGAGAGAAGUACUGCCCUAAUGAUUUCAUUAAAAGCUAAGCUUAAAACCAUUUAUGAUUUGCUCUUC